AUGACUCAAGACGUGCGUCGCGAGAGAGUUGACCAUGCUAAAUGCAAACGACCGGAAUUCUCCCCAGCAAUGCUGUACAAGUACUCCAGCGACAUGAACCAUGCCAGUGGCAUCUUUCACAUGGCCAUUAGCAUUAUUAGCGGUAGCACCAAGUCCAGAAGCCGGCCCAUCUCCGCAGGCUGUCCAAGGGCAGCCGACUCCAUCAACCGUGGUUCCAUUUCAGGUUAUGAUGGUCAGAAAGCCAAGUCUAGCACCAGCAGAUGCGCCGUGGACCUCGAAAUGACCGGUGCUGAGGGGCUCGCGGGCUUCGCUGGGCUGCAGGAUGGGGCUGCCUGA